CAUGUUUGAACACAGCAGGAAAGCAGCCUGAUAAGAGUGAUGAAUUCAUUGAAAGUGUGAUGCAGGGUCCUAUAGUGUUCAGGGCAUUUUUAAUAAUGUGAGAGGGAAGCACAUCGUGACGUGAGUUAGAGUUUUUCGUUUGACCUAUUAUUUCCUUAAGAGUUAGAAAAACAAAAACUAACUAUCUAACUAAAACUAACUAUUCUGACUAGGUAAGUAGUGCAAAGGAAACCGUAAACAUACUUGGUAUGUAGGUAGUCCAGGAACAGUAAACACAAAAAUAUUGUGCAAAAAGAGCAUUUACAGGUUGAUGUGUAAGUCCAGUCUCAGUGCUUUGAGGUAGUUGAGUUGAGCUGAGUGAUAGAGUGUGUGUGUGUGUGUGUGUUUAUCAGUCCAGUCCCUUUUUGUUGAGGAGACGGAUGGCUUGUGGAAAGAAGCUGUUGCACAGUCUGGAUGUGUGUGCCCACAGUCAUGUUGUCCUCCAUAAAUAACAAAAAGCUUAAAUAGAUGGUUUUAUGCUUAGUGACAUCUUAAAAGGUACAAACUAAUUUAAAUAAAGAAAAUUCAGAGAAAGUAAAAAUAUUUGUACAUUUAUAAAUACUUCAAAUAUAGAAUAGAAAUGUAACAAGAACUUUAGUUUUUAACAUUACGUGCUAAUCAAACGCUGCCGUAACCCUAAUGUCGAUCACUGCAUAUUGAUGGCACAAAGUACUUUUUUUUUUUUUUUUUCCAGUUCAAGCAUGCUUCAUGUUUAUUGGUUAUGUACAAUGAUUUUACUGGACCAGCCCACUGCAGAUCAAAUGUACACUGCAUAUGGCUAAGGAACAAAAGUUAGUUUGACACCACUGAUUUAAAAUAAAAACAAAAAAUCAAAAUAGCAACAAACAACCCCAAAGAAGCUAAACGCACUAUUUCUCAAUAAUAAUGACAUAUGUAUGACACUUUUGUUUGUAUAUUUAUUAAUUUAUUUACACUGAUUACCGAGACUGGUCAGCAGUCACAGAUGUCAAGUGUAGCAUCCUGUGAAAUAAUAGCACGUGUGAGAUCGCAGACGGCAUAUUGUGUCCGAUGCUAAGUGACAUCAUUCUGAGUAGAAACAAAGAACCGCAGCGAUCCCACAUCAUUACCUAGUCUGUGAACGGAAAUACGACUCUCCGCCUUCAAAAUAAAUGCCUAAAUCUUUUCAACGCGGUUCUUCACAUACUACAGUUACAUGUCAAAGUGAUGUUAUUACUGCAAAACAACAUGACUUAACUUUGAAGGAAGCGAUUAAAUACUGUAAAGAUGGAGUCUCUCUGUCAGAUAAAAUCUGCUAUAAUUAAACAAAGUUAAACUGAAAUGUAAACAAACAAAUAAAUAGAGAGAUGAAUGCAUUAAAAUACACUAAUGACAUUGCUGGAAAGGAAUAAGAUAAACCAAACUGCUGAUGCAAUUCUUACUGUUAAUCAGAAUUGUUGCUUCUAAUUGAAAACGGGUUCUUUUGUUGUUGUUGUUGUUGUUGUUGUUGUUUUUGUGUUACUUCUCAAGCUUUUCUUCUGAAAGCGGAAAUCAGUGCUGUUCGUGUCCAGUUUUUGUAAUUUGAUAGUACUCAGUCUUCGCACAGCAGGCAGUUUAAAUUUCCACCCAGGCCCUUCGCGACAGAAUCACAGCUGUAGUCAGCAGUAAACCAGGAGGGAAAAAACGUAGGUCCGCUCUCACUGGGCAGGAGCAUGGAUCUGUGUUUAACAGUUAGCUGUGGUCAUGCAUGUGGGGUUUGAUUUGGUUUGCUCCUCUGUAGGCUGGCGGAUAAUGUAACGGGCUGAAGGCGUUUUUUGGAUGCUGCAGGGUGCGCGCUGCGGAUUCACAUCCAGAUGAUCUUCCAUUCAUUUUCCCGUUUUUUGGCUCUCUAACGAGAGACAUGCUGUUUCGAUCCCGCACCCAGCUGAUCAGAUGAUUCUCAACUCUGUUCACAGUGAGUCAGUGUGUCAAGCCUCUCCUGAGGAAGAACCUGUUCUUUCUUCCUGCCAUCCAGCAGCCAUGGACUUCCUCCCAGAGUAUUCUCUGUUCCUGGUUCAGAUCCUGGAAGAGUUGGACACCAAGCACACCACCAUGUCCUACCAGGACCUGUGCAAGUCUCUGUGUGCUCGCUUUGACUUGGUGCACUUGGCCAAGCUCCGCAGUCUGCUCUUCCACACAGCCUGCCUGGACCCUGCCUUCCCAGCCACCCUCUUCAAGGACAAGAUGCGCUGUUCCACCGAGGACGCGCUGUCCAAAAAGCUCAUGGUUGCAGCGGACAUUGUCACCAUGUUCAAUUUGAUCCACAUGAAUGGAGGAAUAGCCAAAGAUAAGCUUCCUAUAGUUCAAAGAGCCACAUUUCACAAGAGUCAGUCAGUGGAGUUCUGCAGGUCUGACAGUGAUCACCUUAAGUAUCAGGACUGUGACAGGGGGAUCGGUUAUGAGCACAUGGAUCACCCCAGGGAAGGGCGCCAUCACCACCACUCUCAACAGCAUCCUGUGGCUCAGAAUGCCCCUCCCUGUGCUAAAUCCUCUGAUUGCAACAGCCGGCAGCACUUUCUUGUCUCCUCAGGACCAAACUUCCUCCUGGGCAUGAGGAAAGACAUGAAAUGUAGAGCAGGCUCUCUGGACAAGCUGCAUCAUCUGCCUCAGGACUCUAGCAGCAGUCCACCAUCACCACCUUGUGAAAUGCAGAGCACCUACUUUCCUAUGGACAUAGACACUGAGUCCACUACUGACCAGGAGUCCCUGCAGAACAUGGGACAUCCAGAGCCCUUCUCUCUUCACACUUGCAUCCAGAAGAGAAACGAUUUUAAGAAGGAUUUUCACAAUUUUGUGGCUUUUUCACCACAGGUCAUCACCAGUGAGUGCAAACAGGGGAGUAAGGCUGCUGAAGGUUACCACAAUAGGGAGUUACGUAAGCCUGCUACCUUCUUCAACCAUAGCUUCGAACUGCCCUACAGUAACCCAUACUUUGAACCACCACUUAACUCCCCACUACAGGACAGACGGAGGGUGAAGCACGAGAGCCUGGAUGACUUACAGGUGUCAACUUAUUUUGGUCCAACCACCAUCUCUGAGUGUGUUAGUAGCAAGAAGCGCAUUAACAAAGCAGGGAAACAGCCAGUAUGGCCCAUGAAGAGCCUCAGUCUAAACACAGAAGAGGGCCCUCCUGUUUCAGAAAGGAUUUUUCAAAGCAGCAGACCACUCAAAGAAAACCAUCAGUGUAACAUUAUUAACACUGAGAGUGAGCAAUAUUUUCACACCCCGAUGCAAAAGGUAUCAGCGUCACCUGGCUUUGCAAAGAAAAGUACUGAAAUAAAACCCAAGGAUAUAUCACUGAUGGGUAGGGGACCUGGAGGUCUGGACAAUGGAGAAGCAGCCAAAAGGUUUGGGGACAAAAAUACGAAGAAUGCAUCCUUUCAAGAAGGGGAAAGCGCCUCUAGUGUUGGAACACAAACAGAGCGGAUUGAACAGAAGAAGCUAAAAGAAUACCAAUCUGAGUAUAACAACAGUGAAAGACAUGGUUUGAAACGCUCAGUUGAGGAGUGUGAGGUCAUUAGUGAUGACAUAAGUGAUAUUUUUCGUUUUCUGGAUGAUAUGAGUGUUGUUCAGUCAUCAUGUUACAAUAGUAAUGGGUCUCUCUCUCAGGUAACAUUAAAGUCAGAAGGUGACAGCUCCCCUGACUGCAACACAGUCAAAUUAGCCAAGUCUAAGGUAGACCGCCUGUUCCAUUCACUUGAAAACACUGAUCAUGAGCUCAAAACAAGUGUGUGUAAGCUUGUGAGGAGAAUUGGUGAGAUUGAGAAGAAGUUGGAGUCUCUGUCGGGGGUUCGCAGUGAAAUAUCCCAGGUACUUUCCAAGCUCAACAAACUGGAUGAAAAGAUCCAGGAGCCUGAGGCCAAUGGGAGACAUGGGGAGAAAGCAUCAUUAUCAUUAUCCAGGUCCAAUGCCACCCCAACAAAGGCUCAACCUUACCCACAUCCACAUUUCAACAGUACUACUCUUUCACCUCAUGUUUACCAGUGCAACACCACUGGUCACAAUGUGAAAACAGACAAUGGAUAUGUUGGAGAGUGGUGUUGCUCAGAUGGGAGUAAUAGCAACACUCUUAGGAUUAAGGCUGUGAAGAAAGGCAUGCUAUUCAGGAGGUCUUCCUGUUCACUCAACGAGGAGCACAUGGCAACGGAGUCAAAGGUUGCUAGCAUAACCAACUCUCUACAGGACCAGGGGACUGUGUCCUACUCCUGUCACCCUGAGGACAAGGACAGAGACAAGGAUAGGCAUCGGAAGGUCAAAGAGACAGAUCGAAAGCGUCAAUAUGAGCUCCCCCAAGUGCAACGACUCCAAAAACAACCAAAGGAUUCCUACCUGACUGAGCAGGUUUUUUCACCGCAUCACUUCAACCCUUCUGUCAAGGCCCAUGUGAAAGACAGCUCUCUGUACGCUGAUCUAAGGCUCACCAGUCCAUCAGAUGGGAUACGUGGCCAGCCAUCUUGGACCACUGAGGAAUACAAACGCAAUUCAGGAAAGAAGGAAAAGCAGCUCACUGCUCUUGACCUACAGACCCAGGAGUCGUUAAACCCCAAUAAUCUGGAGUACUGGAUGGAGGACAUCUACACCCCAGGCUAUGACUCGUUGCUCAAGAGGAAAGAGGCAGAAUUUAGGAGGGCCAAGGUGUGUAAGAUUGGAGCACUGAUUGCAGCUGCUACUUGCACUGUGAUCCUGGUUAUUGUUGUUCCAAUUUGCACCAUGAAAUCGUGAAUAAAUUAGAAAGGUGGUAGCCAUGCACAAUGGAUGUUAUACUUCUACCUGUAGGUGUUUUCUUUUUGUGGACCAGUAAGUGCAAAGCAAACUGAGUGACAGCAUGAGAAUGUACGACUUUACAUUGUUUUGUUGUUUUUUUUAUUUUUUAUGGUGUUUACAUCUGGGAGUAUUACCAAUGUAGAAAUAUUAAGGUUAUAAAAUCAGCAAGUGCAUAAUAUCUAUCUAUCUAUCUAUCUAUCUAUCUAUCUAUCUAUCUAUCUAUCUAACAAAUCUAGUUCAUUGUAAUGCUAUAAUCUGGGCAGAUGGAAGGUAAUUGAUGUAAUUGUCCAUCUUAAACAACUAUAGCACAUGAUAACAAAACUGUUGUAAUUUUAGCCAACAUAUAGCAACUUAUGAUAGGCUAUAUAUUUUUUAUUUUUCAUAUGAUUGCUGUACUUUAUUUUGUUCAAAGUUAUUUUUUGAUGAAUUAUCUAGUUGUGAGAAUUUAUCUUUAUCAAUAACAACAAGCAUUUUGAGUAAUGACAUUUAUGCUACACAUUUUUCUAAAUAGAAUUAUAUAUGUCCUAUAGCCUAAGUACAGUUAUACUCCAAAGUAGAUGUAUGACUAUGUACAGUAUGACUGCACAGCCAAUGUGAAUGUAUUGAUAACUUUUAGCCUACUUGGGAAGAAUGAGAAUUAAAUUUGAAUGUUGCUGCAGUCUCCUCCUCUUUUUCUGAAUUGUAACCAGCCAAGAGCACAUGUCCUUUAAAUAAAAAAAAAUGUGGCUUUGUUCAUUUCUUUGCAGGCAUUUGUUCAAUGAAUAUUUCUACAUCAGUGUCCUAGCUAGCAAACUCACCUAAGAGGAUUAAAUGGGUUGGACUAUUAACUGGACCAGCUUCUUUAGUGGAGCCAAAUGUGUAAACUAAACAGAAAAUCUGUAAUGUUGUAGUCCAAUGAAUACCUACACAUAAAAUGUGUAGGUGCUUAUUGAAGAGUUGAAAAUCUAGCAGAACAUUAUUUCUGCUAGCUCAACUGAAACAAUUCACAUACAUUCGCUAAUCUAUUGCCUACUUGACAUGCUAUUCAAGUUGCAUUAGCCCCACUUCUGUCGUGGUCCUGGGUCCUUUGACCCAGCGUUUUGAGUCCCGUCUCCGUGUAUGAGUCUGCAUUAAGGUUCUUUCCUGCCUGCACACAGCCGUUCCGUCACAACUUCCUAUCCAAACUGCUUUGCAACUGAUCUCCACUCAGUGUCUUAGAACCAAGCUAUUCUGCCAGAUACAAAUUACUGCAGAUGAAAUUAUCAGUCUACUUUUGACUGUACACUUUUUUUUUAAUUCUGUACAUUCUGUUCAUUUAAUUUAUUGUAAAUAUGUAAAAUAUUAGUCAUUUAUUACACAAAUGGAUUAAUAAUUAAUGCAUUCCAAUACAAUACCUUCACCUUAACCACAGCCUGCCCAAUGGUCAUCCAGUAUCUAGGGAUGCUCACUGUAGUCUGUAUUUUUUUUAAACUAUAAAAUUAAUUUGAAUGUUAUCCACCCGUUGAAUGGCUUUUUCCACGGCCUAUAAAAGUAGCCAUACUGGCAGACAGAUAAUAUAUUACUGCACAAUAUGUGCUGAGAGCAUGUCCAUACUGCCUGCCAUGAUAGCAACUUUUACAGUUUCAUUGAAACUUUCAGUAAAAUAUGAAAAGAAAAAACUAUUUAUUUUUACUUAGAGACACAAAAUGAACAUAUCCAGUAUUCAUGUUCUGUAUAGGUGUUUACUCAACAGACCCCUCUGGCAUACUGGCUAUUGCUUUACUUUUGUCAGUGAUCAGGACAUCAGUUUCCCCAUUCUUAAAUACUUCGUUCUAAAUAAAUGGUUGUGUUUUAGAUUCUGAAUGCAAACCAUAUCAAUCUGCUGGAAACCCAGCUCUAAGCAGGCACCCACUGUGUCGUGUUUCUCUCUCUCUCUCUCUCUCUCUCUCUUUUUACUGUCUAUUGCUUUGAACUUGGAGCUGCAGUAAACUGUGAAAGUCUGUAAAUAUUGUUGAGAUUUGAACCACAUUGAGUGAGAGCAAGUGUUAAUUAAAAAAUUAUUGUAAUAAAAAC